AUGCUAGCUCUCAAAGAAAACCUUCUUUCUGUGGGCUCUGCUCCGGAUAACUGGGGAGACUGGACGCUGGCCGCGGCGCUCGUGCGCGGCGCAGCCGACGGGACGGUGUUCUACACAGCGCGCGCGAAAGCCAGUCGCCCUCUGGUUGCUGUCGCUGCGGAGCAGCAGGGCGUGCACGCUAUACGGCUGUUGGCUGCGAAUGACCCUUUUUGUGCGGUGACAGCUGAGGCCGGUGACUCGGUGCCGGCGACGGUUUUCACGGAUUUGGCAACAGUGAUCACGGGCGCGCCUCAUCUUGCGACUGUGAAAACACCGAUCGUCGUGCACAUCGAGACAUUGGCGGAAGAGUACGCGGCCAUCCCUGGGUUCAAAGAUCUGGGAUCUGUGAUUCUGGUGUCCAGCAGCCCGUCGCAGCUCCUGCGGGCCGCGUCUACUGCCACCAAGCUUGCGCAGGCAUCACAGCGCCCAGUGCUUCACUUUUACACCUCAGAUCUCAAUGGCUUCGGAGAGGUGGAUGUGGGUACUGCGGAUGGGACGUUCGAUUCCACCAUUGAGGAUGCGCCGGAGCGGAUCUUGGAUUCGUUGCAAUCGCGGCUAGUUUCGCGCGGUACUCCUUCAACGUUGAUAUUGAACCUCUCUGCUUAUGGCGAGCAGUUCGCUCAAUACCUUCCAGAUGAUGUUGCUCUGUAUGAUAUUACUGUCUACAAACCGUUUGAAUUUUCUCAGGUAUUGAGGGAGUUGCCAGUCAGCGUUAAGAACAUUGCUGUUGUGCAGGGAAGCACGGGUGGCUCUAAAAGCAACGGAUUUGAGCCUAUACUGUUGGAUGUGUUUUCUGACUUCAACCUCCUUGUUGAUAGAGGAAUAAAGAAUAUUGUCGUGAGUGGCAUCGGCCGGCUGCAAUAUUUCGCGCAUACGCUUGAGAAAAUUGUGUCCAACUCACGAUCACUCUCCCCUAGCACUGACCUAUAUAUCUCUGAUGUUAAACAUGCGGUGCACAGUGGCAUAGCCGAAGAGUUUAUAAAAAAGGCCAUCUCGCUAGAAAAUGCCUAUCUUUCUGUUUUGCAACAAGUAUUCGAGCCUAACCUUCAGCUUCUCAACCAAUUCAAUGAUUCGGCGAUCAAUAGCUUGAGACCAGAAUAUGGGUUUGGUAAGUUCCUCCAACAGAAUCGGGCCCGUCGGCAGUUGAUGAAAAUGGUUGAACGUUCUCUGGAUUGUUCAUUGUAUGAGUAUGAAGGGCCAUCUGUUGUUGAGGGUCUCGCAGCGUGGAUCUCGUACAACAAAAGGGCACUGGAUAGCAGUCUUUUGAAGGAAGCAAAUAUUUUGGCCAGGGACGUCCAUGAGCUUCUACAAAAAAAUUCCAACUCUGAGGUUGCAAAAUCUAUACUUGCUUCGGCACCCACCUUGGAUUCCUUUUCGUUCAGUUCUUCUUGGCUGAUAGGCUCGGACGCCUGGUCCUAUGAUUUGGGGAACUCUGGCGUUCAUCAUGCAAUUACCUCGAGAGAGAAUAUUAAUAUCCUUCUGAUUGACUCCGAGCCAUAUGGUAGCUUAAGCAAAAAUUCAGCGCGCAAAAAGGAUGUCGGGCUUUAUGCUAUGAAUUUUGGUACUGCAUAUGUUGCCUCUGUCGCUGUUUAUUCCUCUUAUACACAGUUAUUGACCGCGGUUGUUGAAGCAUCUAGGUUCCCUGGACCGUCCAUUGUCCUUGCCUACUUGCCGUAUAACUCGGAACAGGACUCGCCGCUCACUAUCUUGAAAGAGACAAAGCGUGCUGUGGAAUCGGGUUAUUGGCCGCUCUAUCGGUAUAAUCCAACUGCUUCCAAUGAGGAGGAUACUUUUAAAUUGGAUUCAUCAGUCCUGAGACGACAGUUGCAAGAAUUCCUUGACCGUGAAAAUAAACUGACAUUGCUUGCCAAGAGGUACCCAGACCUAUCCAGUAACAUUGUCCAAUCACAGAGUGAUAUUAUUACUGCAAAACAGCAAAGGAAAUCCAAAGAAGCCUAUGAUCAACUCUUGCAAGGUUUAUCAGGACCUCCUUUGAGUGUGUAUUAUGCAUCUGAUGGUGGGAAUGCGGCUUCUUUGGCAAAGAUCCUGGCCAAAAAAGCGACGACCAGAGGUUUAAAGUCUUUUGCCCUUUCAAUGGACGAUAUUGUUUUAGAAGAUCUCCCUCGUGAACAAAAUGUUGUAUUUAUUACAUCAACAGGGGGGCAGGGUGAAUUCCCUCAGGAUGGCAAAGCAUUUUGGGAAGAAUUAAAAAGUGCUACCGAUUUGGACCUUGCCUCUGUGAAAUUUUCGGUGUUUGGGCUGGGUGAUUCACAAUACUGGCCACGCAAAGAAGAUGAAAGGUACUAUAAUAAACCAGGGAAAGACCUCUAUAAUAAGCUUCUGUUAUUUUCCGGACAAACACUGAUUCCGUUAGGUUUGGGUGAUGACCAAGAUCCAGAUGGCUACAGAACGGGGUAUGAAAAAUGGGAAUCUGAACUGUGGGCAGCUCUUGGUGUUUCCGACAUUAUCACCGGAGAAGAGCCUAAACUAAUUACGAACGAGGAUAUCAAACUUGCUUCGAAUUUUCUCCGGGGCACCAUUGCCGAAGCUUUAGUGGAUGACUCGACGGGUAGUAUUCCUUCUACUGACCAGCAAUUGACCAAGUUCCAUGGAAUUUAUAUGCAAGAUGACCGUGAUAUCAGGGAUGUCAGGAAAGCGCAAGGCUUGGAACCGUACUACAUAUUUAUGAUUAGAGCGCGGCUCCCUGGUGGAAUUGCAAGACCAGAACAGUAUCUAGCACUUGACAAAAUUGCUGCUAGUUUUGGUAAUAACACUAUUAAGUUGACCACAAGGGCCACUUUCCAACUGCAUGGUGUCGUAAAACGCAAUUUAAAGUCUAGCAUUAGAGCUAUGAAUUCCACUUUGUUAGAUACGCUUGCUGCAUGUGGUGACGUGAACAGGAAUGUCAUGGUCAGUGCAUUGCCUGCAAAUGCGCGGGUACAUGAACAGGUCGCCAACGUAGCUGCUGAAAUCUCGGAGGAACUGUUACCCAAUACCACUGCCUAUCAUGAGAUCUGGUUGGAAGGUCCAGAUCGCAACGAUGCAAGUCCUGAAUGGCAAGCAAUAUGGGAAGGAAUGAAAUCAGGUCCGAAGAAGAAGGUGUUGGUAGGUGGAAACGCGCUCCAGGAUAUUGAACCCAUUUAUGGUCCAACGUACCUUCCACGGAAAUUUAAGGUGAAUAUUGCAGUGCCACCUUAUAAUGAUGUGGAUGUAUGGGCCUGUGAUGUGGGCCUAAUCGCCAUUAUAGAUGAAACCACCAGUAAUUUGGUAGGCUUCAACGUCUAUGUUGGCGGUGGUAUGGGCACAACUCAUAAUAACAAAAAGACUUAUCCUAGGUUAGGGUCAUCCUUCGGUUUUGCUCCGAAGGAGGAUAUCACUAGCGUUGUGGAGAAAAUCCUCCUGGUUCAGAGAGAUCAUGGUGAUCGGACGAAUCGUAAGCAUGCUAGACUCAAAUACACGAUAGAUGACAUGGGUAUUGACAUUUAUCGCCAAAAAGUAGAAGAGCUCUGGGGGGACAAGUUUGCCCCGGAGAGGAGUUACAAAAUAGAAUCCAAUAUCGACUACUUUGGCUGGGUUAAGGACGAGACAGGGAUGAACCACUUUACAGCCUUCAUUGAAAACGGUAGAAUUGAGGACUCUUCUAAGCUCUCCCACAAAACUGGACUCAGGAAGGUUGCGGAGUAUAUGAAACAGAGCGGAAGUGGCCAUUUCAGACUAACCGGUAACCAGCACAUUGUUAUUUCGGCUAUACCAGACCAGCACCUGGACGCAAUCAAGGGCAUUCUAAAGGCAUAUAAGCUCGAUAACUACAGUUUCAGUGGGCUCCGUUUGGCAUCAUCUGCAUGCGUUGCCUUCCCGACAUGUGGUUUGGCAAUGGCAGAAUCUGAACGCUAUCUGCCCCAGUUGAUCAGUAGACUGGAAGAAUCCCUAGAAGAAUACGGGUUACGGCACGACUCCGUGGUGAUGCGGAUGUCAGGUUGCCCGAACGGCUGCUCUAGGCCAUGGGUUGCAGAGGUGGCCUGUGUCGGCAAAGCGCCUGGCACUUACAAUCUUCUGUUGGGAGGUGGAUAUUACGGUCAGCGUUUGAACAAAUUAUACCGCUCAUCAUUAAAAGAGGCCGAAAUAUUAAGCAUUCUACGCCCACUAUUCAAGAGGUGGUCCCUCGAGCGUGAGGAGUCAGAACAUUUUGGUGACUUCCUAAUCAGGGUCGGCGUGAUUAAGCCCACUUUGGAAGGUAGAAAGUUCCACGAUGACCUACCCGACGGCGCAAUUUGA